UAAUCAGAUAUAUCCAUUAACAAACCUAAUCAAUUCAAUACACCAAAACAAUCAUACAUAUAUAUUCCAAAAUGACAGACAGAAAUUCGGAUACGGAAUUUCGGAGAUACCGCAGAUCCCGAAGACAAAGUUCAUUACACUAUCAGAUAAAGAAGCCGGGGUCAUGCACCCUCAACUACAAUGAUGAGCGAAUCUGGGAAUCGAAUUACCUAAAGCACAAGUGCAAGGAGCUAAAGUUGGAGGAGGAGUAUCAAAAGUAUCAGAUCCGUCUGAUGAUCAGCUAUCUGGGAGUUUUCUUCGUAUUGCAUAUAAUGGUCGUUGCAGUCUAUAUCACAGUGAUGAUUACUCAGACCGAGUAUACGGAACGCGUGUAUCCAAAUAUAAUUUGCUGCGCAGUCGUGGGUACCCUAAUUAUGGCUAUACUAGCUAUCAAUUUCCUGGAUUUUGUGGGACGACACAGAUGGGUAAUGUCCUUUACCUCGGUUCUGGCCACAUUUUGCUUAGUGGGAACAGAUUUGGGAUUGAAUGCAUAUCAUUAUACCCGCUACGACUGGCCCCUUAAUUCCGCAAUGGAUAUUUAUGCCCUGUGUAUGAUCUACAUGUUCCUUCCGAUUCCCUCCAUCAAGACGACUGCCCUACUUGGUUUCUUUGCCAGUGCUGCCUAUGUGGUUUACUUUCUGCAAGUGCUCGCCUUUCUCUCAGUGUAUGCCGCACGCACCUCACAUGGAUAUGAUGCAAUUUCGGUUGAUAUCUUUCACUAUUUUGGCUUCAAUAUGCUGGGCAUUUUCUUUCGCAUCAUGAAUGACACAAUGGUGAGGUCAUCGUUCCUCGAUCGCCAUCAGUAUAUCAUGGAGGAGAAUUGGUUGCAUCAUGCCCUACACCAAGAAUCAAUGCUGCUGCACAACAUUUUGCCACCGCAAAUAGCAAAACCCUACCAGGAGAGCAUCAAGAAUAAGAUAAUGCAAGCGGACUUUGGCAUGGAGUUCGGUUCGCAAAACUAUCAAAGCUCCAUGGCCGUACAGAUACAUCCCGAUGUUAGCAUUCUCUAUGCGGAUGUGGUGAAUUACACACACCUGACCACAACCUUGUCGGUGGAGAGUCUGGUGAUGGUGCUGCACGAUCUCUACGGAAGAUUCGAUGUGGCUGCCGCCAUGUACAAGGUCCAAAGGAUCAAGUUCUUGGGCGAUUGCUAUUACUGUGUGGCCGGUCUGGUUGAGCCCGAUCCCGAUCAUGCUGAGAAUGCCGUGGCCCUGGGCCUUUGCAUGAUUGCUCACAUUCAGGAAGUGAGGAAAGCACGAGGACUGGAUAUCGAUAUGCGGAUAGGAAUCCAUUCGGGAAGUCUCUUUGGCGGCGUUAUCGGUCAGGCCAAGUUGCAGUUUGAUAUAUGGGGAGCCGAUGUGGAUAUUGCCAAUCAUUUGGAGUCCACUGGUAAAGCGGGCUAUGUUCACAUUAGUGGACGAACUUUGGGCAAUUUAACACCGUCCACUUAUGAAAUAUUACCGGGAACAGAAGAUGCCCUCAAUGAUCCUGUACUGCAAAAGCAUCCAAUGAGGACAUACCUAAUUACUGGCACUCCCUUCUGGGUCCCAUCGAGAAGCUCUGGACGUCCCAGAACGCAUCAAUCGGCCAUUGACAUUAAGUCACGACCCGUUCAGGGCGAUCCGGGAACUAAUAUUAUGACCGAUGAACUGCGGGAGGAAUUUCGCAAUAUGCCAGUGGGUGGCUUUGACUUUCGACGCAUGUUUCCAUGCUGUGAUCGAUAUGGCGAAGUCUCAAAACAUGAAAAUGAGCAGGAAAUUGGACUUUUGUGUACAAUGUUUAAAGACUCAUCAUUGGAAAAGCAUUAUCUACAGCAGCCAGAUUAUAUUUUCAAGCGAUCAACACUAAUGGCCUGGCUAAUUGGAGUUUGCUUAAUCUACAUUCAACUGCUGGGCAAUAGUUGCACAGAGUGCAUUGUGGUGGAUGUGAUUGUGCUCAUAUUUCUCACAUUUCUGCUGUUCAUCUCGUGGUUCAAGAAAGUGUGCUAUUGGAAAAAUGGGAAAAAACAGUCUAAGGUGUACAACAAAUUUUGCCUGAUAUUCCACCUUCACGAAAAGAUCCUGCGCAGUUUAUUCCUAAGGAUAAUGUGCUAUAUGAUGAUUAUAACGUCGUACUUAACCGUAUUGCUCAUGAUUAUGAUAAAUUGCGUUCGUGCCGAAUAUGAAUUGGAAUACAUUGAGAGCAAACUCUACCAUUACGAGGUGAAUCGUUACAAUUGUUUCCAUCCGUGGGCCGUAACAAAUAUGAUGGCUCUCAUUCUUGGAAUGAGCUACACAUUCGCCCGUAUACCGUUCGCCCUCAAGACCAUCCUCACCUUCCUCGAGGCCAUCACCUUCCUGGUCUUAAUCCUUGCCGAAUAUCAGUUUGUAUUCCAGCAUAGCAACACUACGGUUCCCUAUAUGCGAUCAGAGGUUGCACACUGUAAUCGCAUAUUGCUCAUGUUGAUCACAUUGUACGUGAAGGAGCAUCAGGUCGAGUUCAAUGCAAAAACCAAUUACAGGCUGAAUGUGAAUUUGAAGAACAAGCAAAGGGUUGCCAAUGCAACUAAUCAAUCGAUCAUAAUACUCCUAAACAACAUUCUUCCAUCACAUGUUGUCGAUCUUUAUCUGUAUAAAUUGGCCAACGAGUUAUAUUAUGAAAACUAUCGAAUGAUCUCCGUAAUGUUUGCCAAACUAAUGAACUUCACAAUGGAUUUGCCCAGUUUACGCGUACUAAAUUGCAUAAUCACCGAAUUUGAUAUUCUGCUGAGUCGGUACAAGGAGUAUUACUUGGUUGAAAAGAUCAAGGUCGUUGGUUGCACUUAUAUGGCAGCAUGUGGCCUAGAUUUUGCCCUGGCAGCAAGGGUUCGUAAGGGAAAUUCGUUUAGAGAUUCCCACCUUAUACGGGGUAGACGCACAAUGGAAAUGAAUGCAAAUGACGAUAACGAAGAAGUGGUCUACUUGAUGACAACCUUCGCCUUGGACCUGAUGCGGACACUGGCAUCCUGCAACAGGGCAUAUUCGGAGACGCCCUUCGAUAGGAGCCUCUCGAGCACCGAGAUAGCCAUCGGGAUCUCCAGUGGCGAGAUCAUGGCCGGUGUGGUGGGAGCCUCGCAGCCGCACUACGACAUCUGGGGUAAUCCGGUGAACAUGGCCUCGCGGAUGCAGUCGACGGGACUGCCGGGCCACAUUCAAGUGACCGAGGAGUCUGCCAAAAUUCUAGAGGACUUUGAUAUCAUCUGCAAUCCGCGUGGCCUUACGUUUGUGAAAGGACGCGGCGAAAUUCCCACAUAUUUUGUGGCUAUUGAUGAAAAAUUAAAGUUUACAUCUCCACGAAACACGAAUCUGCAGCGAGCUCCAUCGAGGCGCUUCACUGUCAUGUCAACAAUGCAGCAGGCCUCCACUAGCGAUGAUGAUGAGGACACUACUGAUAUUGAAGUAGAGCUAUAGCUUCUCUAUUUGAUUAAUUCUUACAACAAAAAUAUAUUUUGAAAAUUUUA